AUGUUUUUUUUUAAACAAUUUUUCGUUCUUUUUUCCCUCUCCCCGCUUCCUCUUUCGGAAAUCUUAUUCUUCAAUUUUCAUUCUUUAUUUGUUUUUUUUUCUUUUCUCCUUGAACAUUGUUUUUUUUUUUCCUUUCUCCUUCAUCAGUUUUUCUUCUUUUCAUCUUUAACUCAAAUUUCGUCAGGCAUUUUUCUUUUGUUCGUUCUACUUUUUCCGCUUCCUCUUUUACAAUUUUCCUCCCCUUUCUUCUUCUUCUUCUUUUUCUUCUUCUUCUUCUUCUUCUUCUUCUUCUUCUUCUUCUUCUUCUUAUUAUUCUUCUUCUUCUUCUAUUUUCUUUUUCUUCUUCUUCUUCUUCUAUUUUCUUUUUCUUCUUCUUCUUUCUUUUUCUUCUUCUUCUUCUUCUUCUAUUUUCUUUUUCUUCUUCUUCUUCUAUUUUCUUUUUCUUCUUCUUCUUCUAUUUCCUUCUUCUUCUUCUUCUUUCUUCUUCUUCUUCGAUUUUCUUUUUCUUUUUCUUCUUCUUCUUCUUCUUCUGCUUCGUUUUUUUUCCAAUUUUUAUUCUUCCUUUGUUUUUCUCCUUCAAUAGAUUUUUUUCCUCUUCAACUAUUUAUUAAUUUAAAUAAAGUCAUUUUUUUUAAUCUCUUUGUUCGUUCUGUUUUUCCGGUUAUUUUCUCAAUUCAUCUUCUUCGUUUUCUUCUUCUUCUAAUCACCAAUUUGCUACUUAUUAUUUGUCAAAUCUACUUCUUUUUUCUUCAUUUUUCAUUCAUUAUUUUUUUCCUGUUUUUCCUCCAACAACUUUUUCUUUUCGCCUUCAACUACAUCUUAAUUGAAAAUUCGUCAUCAUUUUUAUCUCUUUUAUUUGUUCUCUCUUUCCCUUUCCUCUUUAAAUCUUCUUCUUCAUUUAUCAUCUUUUUCUUCCAUUUUCUUUCUUUCUUUGUUUUUCUUCAUUCCUCCUCCAACAGUUUUUUUCGUCUUUUCUUCCCCAACUAUUUCUUAAUUGAAAUAUGGCUAUACAUUUUUAUCUCUUUUCUUCCUUCUUUUAUUUCCCUCUUCUUCUUUCGCAAUUCUUCUUCUUCAUCAUCAUCAUCAUCACCCUCUUCUUCUUUUCAUUCUGCUUCUUCUUCACAUUUUUUCUUCAUUUAG